UGAGCUUCAGUUUGGGUCGGAAAAUAAUAGAAGAAGCGAUGAAACACACGUUACAGUCUCUCUGUUUUUUUUUUGUAACUUACAGUCUCUCUGUUCCAUCGUGAAAUUUUGGACCAUCUUCCGGACGGGUCUUUUCAAAGCCGAUCGUUCCAUAGGCUAUGAUGUAGGCCUUGCAAAGAGUAGUGGCAGUAGCAGCAGCAAUGGUAGUAGUCAGGUUAGAUAACGAUUUGAGUCUAUUUUGGAUUUUCAGGAUUAAAUUGUUUUUAGUUUCAGAAUAUUUAUAAAUUUCCACCACCUCCCUAGAUCUUAUAUGAGUAAUGAACAAAUAUUUGAACUCAGAGAAGUUAGAGAGAAACAAGAAUGAAACAGUUGAACUAAUAAAAUGUUCAUUCAUCUUUUAACUCUCAUAUACUCGUCGUAAUUAUGUCUCUAAUCCUCCAUGUAAAUAUGUAAAAAUGGGCCAAUGAACUUCUUGGGAUAUUUUAAUUAAUAUGAGUAAAGGCCCAUUUCUAUGAAAAAUAAAUAAGCACAAAGGUGAUCCAUUAACGGCCCAAAUGGAUCCUAGACAAAAAAAAAAGAUUUGGGUCCAGAGAAAGACCCCCAAUCUCGAAAAGAAACAGAACAAACAAACCCUAGAUUAUAACGCCGGACAGAAGAAGAAGAAGAAGAAGAUGAUGAGGUUCCUGGGAAGCACGUUGGCUAAGUCUUGUGGCAAGGGGAGGCUGCAGUGUCGUGAUUUUUCAUCCGUCGGUGAGAAAGUUGUGACUAAGCGCGGCUCGAAAGUUGUUGGAUACGCCUAUAAAGGGGCGUUUUGUGGUAUUGGAUACGUGAUUGGUGGCUUAACAACAAACUCUGUCUCGGCGCAAGUUCAGGGAGUUGAGGAGAGACUGCUGGAAGUAUCGAAAAGCUGUGAUGAAACCGAAGCAGCGUUGGAGGCACGAAUGAAGAACUGGAAGACGAAGAAUAUCUAAUUUUACUUUGAGUGCUUUACUCAUUUAGACACAUUCUCUAUUUUCUUUACAAAAAAGAACACAAUUCACUUGAGAGUUACAUUGUUUAAGAGAGAGAAGAAAAUUUUGACUUUAAAGCCCUUUUCUUUAGAGAAAGAGACUAACGAAAUUGUAAAGACAAAAGAUUGAGGAGGUCUCGUUGGGAUCCAGCUGGCAUUUGUAAAUCCUCUAACCUUAGUUUUAUAAGGAAGGCAACAUGUAAUAUUUUUUUUCUGAAA